GAAUGGGAUGGGAUUGUUUUCGACAAGGGACAACUGCUCUAGAGCGGGGUUGUGUUGUUCUAGAGUGGGAAUGUGUUGUUCUAGAGUGGGUGGUGGGGUGUCGGCUGCUAUACAAUGGGGCGGGAUUGUUUUGGAGUGGGAUUGGAUUGUUUCUGAGAAGGAACGGAUUGUUCUAGAGCGGGGCUGUGUUGUUCUCGAGUGGGGAUGGGCUGCUCUGGAGGGCGACCGGCUGUGCUAGAGUGGGGCUGGGAUGUGCCGGAGUGCAACGUGGUAGUGGGUGUACCUGGGGCUGGGCGGUGCUGACACUCGCUCUGUGCCCCUCAGACCCAGCCUACACCCUGCCGAUGCCUCCCAUCACCAUCCUCGCCUCGGGGCUGGGGGGUCGGAUCCCGUGCCCGUCUGUCUCCACCCCCCCACUGAGCCACGUGACCUGGAGCAAGGACGGACACCCACUGCCAGUCGCUCAGGUGCCUGGUUGGUCCCUAGCGGAGGACGGGGCCAUACUGAUAGCGGUGGUGGACAACACAGCUAGGGGUGUCUACAGCUGCACCCCCUACAACAGCCUGGGCACCCUGGGGAACUCCACCCCCACCCACAUCAUACUCAAGGACCCUCCGAAGUUUGUAGUGCGGCCGGCGGCGAGAUACCGGUCGGCAAUCGGUCAGGAGCUGAGAAUCGGCUGCAGCGCCACAGGGGAUCCACGGCCCAGAGUCAGCUGGAGCAAGCCGGACAAGGUGGGUGCCCAUUACCGGGUGCUAGUUGACGGGACACUGUUCCUCGGCCCCGUCUCCCGGCAACACCACGGCCUCUGGGAGUGUGUCGCCAGCAACAACGUGUCGCAGGUCACCACCAACACCCGGCUCCAGGUCACAGGCACCAGUCCACACCCUGCGACCACGGUGACCCUCGGCGCUGGAAGUUUUGGGGUGAACGUUUCCUGGUCUCCGGGGUUCGACGGAGGUCACCAGCAACACUUCUCCGUCUGGUUUCGGCAAGUGGCCCCCCAGCAACACGGCUGGAUUUUCCGGAAGGUUCCGCUGGGUGCCCAUUGGCUGUGGGUGGCUGGUCUGUGGCCUGAGACGUGCUACCAGUUCAGUGUGCUGGCACAGAGCGAGCGGGGGAGCAGUCCCUUCACUGAGAUCCUGUCCGCCUGCACCCAGAGUGUUCCCAUGGCAACAAGCCCACCCCGGCACCCAGUGAUGGAACGGCUUCACCUCCUCCCACCCAGCUCCCUGAUGGCCAAUCGGACCCAGAGCGGGAUCUUGCUGUGCUGGGCAGCUCCCCUCCCCUCCUCACUGCCUCCCAACGCCUAUAUCCUGGAGUCCUGGGAAGGCAGUGGCUGGAGACUGAUGUACAGUGCGAUCCCAGCCACACAAGAGGAGCUGCUGCUGACGGGGCUGGUCAAGGACUCGCACUACCUGCUGCGUCUGCGGUCCCGGCGUGGGGAGCAGGUCAGUGUGGCCAGCCUCACCGUCAACGUGUCCACACAGGACGUUCCAAUCAUGUUCAGUCAUUUCCAGACAUCUCCAGAAUCACGAUACCCUGACAGCCCAGAUAGUGUCCUGAAGCUGAAGGUCCUGGUUCCAGUCUACGAGACUUUCUCUGGUGUUUCCCGCUCCCCCGGGGCAGUCAGUGCCGGGGCGGACCGGCCAGUGUCGGCCUGCCUGCAAGGUAUACGCCGGGGCCCCGAUGGUCGCUUUGCUGUGGACCCAGGCCCCAGCCCCGUGGCUCUGGCCUUCCCACAGAGAGCGGAGGGCAGACUGGAGCGUUGGGGUCACCAGCUGGAAUCUGGGCAGACUUCCACCCCUCUAGCCAGCAGCCCAGCUGGCGAAUCCAGGCCUGUCUUCACCCCAGGCCUCAGCCCCAUCCAUGUACCACCAGGCCCCAGCCUUGGCCUACCCAGGGCUCUGGGACCCAGCCUGAGGAGCGGGGCGGAGCUCGACGCAGGGACAACCGACACAGGGAUCCUGAGGUGCGGGGAGAGGAGAGCCCACUGCACUGACCCACCGCACCCCAGCUGGCAAGACCCUAGGCUUGGGCUGGACCUCCCCCCUGCGUCCCUCCCUCCCCCCCACCUGGCCUCCCCCACUUCCCGCUGUGCUGCUCUGUGGGCAGAGUUUCAGGAGGUGCGGGGGGCAGUGAGGGGGGUAGGGGACUGGCAGAGGGGAGGGAGCCCCCAUCGCUCGAUCCAACAAGCCACUCUGCUCUGAGACCUGCCCUGGCAUCGGACUGUGCACCUUACUGCAAGGAGUGGAAUCAGACACUGUGCACAAGUUGGAAUAAAACCAUUCUCUUGAUCA